CAGUCGGUGAUCUCACCCUCAAUUACUAGUAGAAUCUUACCCCAACGAUGAAGUCUUCAGUAUUUUUCGUACUGGCGAUUCUAGGAGCCGCUUUCAUUGCAGCUGAGGGCGGCAACCGUUACGCGGAUAAAUACGAUUCAGUCAACGUCGAUCAGUUAUUGGGUAAUGAGCGAAUCUACAAACAGCAUCUGAAUUGUUUGCUCGAUCAGGGACAGUGCAGUCGUCAGGCACAAUCCCUCAAGGACGUUCUACCUGAGGUCUUGAGUACCAGCUGCGCAAAAUGCAGCCCCGUGCAAAGACAAAUGGCUCGGAAGGUGGUGGGAUAUAUUCAGAAAAAUAAACCAGAUGAUUGGAAGUUACUCACAACAAAGUUCGAUCCUCAAGGUCGCUACACGGAAGAAAUCAGAAGAUUCAUAUUGAGUAACGUGUAAUUCAUUUGACAUUAGGGAUGUGAAAAAAUAAAUCGGAUUACGGCCGCCGGCUGCAGUGCGAAAUCCUCGCUAUUCAGAACAGGGCACAUACGCAUUUAUUUUUUUUCUACAUCGAGAAGUUGAAAUAAUCUCGAAAAUAAUUUUUUUGCUCGUAUUAUUGGAGAAAAACGAAAAAAAAUAAUUCGGAGAACAUCGUGAAGACCUUGAAAUGUACAUAUCGUAUUUUGACCCUUGUGACCCUCAAUUUCGGAGUCUUAAUUUGGAGUACCAAAUUUUUAUCACCAGAAGUCGAUUUGAAUUUUUAUAAUAUAGAAAGAUAAGUCUUGAAAAUAGGUUUCUGAUACUGAAUAAUUUCUUUUAAAAAUUGAAAAGACGUAGGGGAGGUUCGGGUAAAACGGACCCUUUUGACUUUUUUAAAAAUGUUAAUGAGGGGCUGAAAUGUUGAUAAAUUUUAAUAUUUUUUUAAUACGA